AUGUGGACAGCAGCAGAGCUUCCUCGUAAUAUUGCGGAGUCGCAGCUGCAGGCGUCGACGCAUGGCGGGCGGCGAGCGCACGCUGCUUGGGCAGACAGGGCUCUCCUCUGGUGUCUCUGGUGUGAGAAGCGAGCUGCGUGGCCAGGCCUGCGGCCCCUGCGGGCGCAGGCUCCCACCAGCUGUCCUCUAGUGCGGAAGGUCGCGUCACCCAGGGGCACGGCGGUGGCGGUGCCCGGAGUCGAAGUCUGGACCGACGGCGAGGAGCGGCUGCUGGCGGAAGACACGGUAUUGCCCGUCCGGACUGGGCAGGCAGGCGGAGGUCCCUCCUUCGCGGACCGGUGGCGCCAGAGUUCGCAGCGAGGAUCCCCGCCUGAUACACGGCAGGCGCCGGGCGUGACCCUGCCGUGCCUCGAUGUGACUGAGCCGUGCCCCCGACGGCACCCAGCCGCCCGCCGCAACCGCCAUGGCCGCCCCCCGACACCUGCCGCUGCCUCUGCCUCUGCUGCUGCCGCUGCUGCUCGCCGCCACGUGCACAGCGGCGCCCAACGCCCAGUCCGGCGCGUACGUGGUGCAGCUGCGGUACGUCGACUCCUGCGGGGACGACGGCUCGCUGGUCGACUUCGACCUCGACGUGGAGGAGAGCGACGGCCGGUCCAUCCUCGCGGGAACCUUCACCGUGAGCGAGCGCCUCGAGGCCAUCACCGGCACCAUCAACUGCAGCAUCCGCGGCGACGCGGGCUGGCGGGAGAACGCGGUGCAAUACAGGAUCCGCGACUGGUGCCAGGAGGGCGUCAUCCGGCGCAUCCUGGAGGCCACCAACCUCACGCUGGAGGAGGAGUGCGCCGUGCCGCCUGGGACGUACGCGGUGCUGGGGCUGGACCUGGACGAGCCGGUGCACGCGGCGGCCGGCGACUCUGCGCCGCUGGGGCUGUACCGCACGCGCCUCGCCCUGGAGGCGGGGCGGGGGGCGGCGCUCUGCUCCGCCGCAGAGCUCGAGUUCGCCUCGCCGGACGAGUAGCCGGCGCGCCCGCCCCAGCUGAACGCCAAUAAAGCACCCUGA